AUGGAUCUCUUUAAGGGCGAGAAGUCUCCGUCUGCGGAGCCUCUUCUUCCUGUGACCGAGAAGGAGGACACUGUCGCCCAGACUCAUGCGCCAAUUGACGACCAACAGCUCUCUGGCUCACCCAAGACCAUGCGCUCACACACUCGGCGACUCCUCCUUGUCCUGCCACUGGCCCUACUGCUACUCAUGACUGUCCAUGUCGCCGGCAAUCACUGCCGCAGCAGGAUGCUGCCUCAUCAUCAGAACGCCGCCAACCCUGCGACAAUCACCACCCUUCCCCAUCAUCACCCUCAUCAGGAGCACACUAUUAUCGAGGCAGUCCGGAAGGCGGAGGGAGCCCUGACGACCUCGAUCCGGCAUCUGGUUAGACGCCAGGACAACUCGACUGCUGAUCCAUCGCCGACGGAUGAUGACUCAGACAGCUCGACGCAGCCCCCUGAGACAACCACAUCGUCGGACCCCGAGACCAGCAACACCCAGGCCCCCACCACCCAGGUCCCUCCUCCGGAAACGACUACCUCUGUCCUUCCUCCCAGCAGCUCUAACUCACCGCCUACCUCUAACAACAACCCUCCCUCUUCAGCUACUCCCCCGCAAAGUUCCAACUCCCCUUCCCCACCUGGUACGUCCACCACUGAGAUAACAGUUUCUCCUCCCGCUCCCCCUCCCCCUCCUGCUUCUUCUGAUUCUCCUGCUCCUCCUCCUGCCCCAUCUCCCUCGACGACGACGUCCGACGAGGAGUCUUCAUCUUCUCCUAGCGAGACAGCCAAGACGUCCUCCACGCUGGGAGACACCACUCUUACAACUGUGACCAACGCCCCGAGCCCGACCAACCCGCCUGCCACUAGCUCAAAUGAUGAUGAUGACAAGACCGACGAUCAGCCCACCACCACUAGUCCUACCGCUCGCACUUCUCGCCCCAUCACCACCACCCGUACGACUACUUCCAACGGUGUCGUCGUUACCGUCACGGCCGUAACCUGGGUUCCUGCUGACCCCACCGAGACCGGCGAUGCUGACUCGACCAAGCCGCCGCCGAGCUUGCAGAACACGGCUUCCCGCAGUUUUGUUGGGUCACUGCUUGCAGCUGUGAUGGCCGGCUGCCUCGGCUUCUUCGCCCUGGUCUAA